CCGCCGCCGCUAUGGAGGCGGUGCAGCCGCCACCGCCGCUAUUCGCCUUCGGCGUCAUCGCGGACAUCCAGUAUGCGGACGCGGAGGACGGCUACGACUUCAGCGGGUGCCGGCGGCGGUAUUACCGGCAGAGCCUCCAGCUGCUGCGGGACGCUGUGGAAGCGUGGGCGGCUGAGAGGCCGCCGCUCGCCUUCGUGCUGCAGCUGGGCGACAGCAUCGAUGGCCUUAACGCCCGGCGCGGCGAGGCCGAGGGUGCCCUAGCGCAGGUGCUGGCAGCGCUGGAGCGGCUGCAGGUGCCGGUGCAUCACGCCUGGGGCAACCACGAGUUCUAUAACUUCAGCCGGGCCCGCCUGGCCCACACCGGCCUCAACAGCCGGCCCGAUGGUGCCAUGGCUGGCCCGACAGCUGGGGACUGCCAGGCCUAUCACUUCAGCCCCGCUGUGCGGUUCCGUGUCGUGGUGCUCGACGCCUAUGACCUGAGCAUCCUUGGCAGGGAGUCGGACAGCCCCCGCUACCAGGAGUCCCUGCAGCUGCUGCGGGAGAAGAACCCCAACGACAACCUCAACAGCCCUGCAGGACUCAAAGAACCUCAGUUUGUUGAGUUUAAUGGAGGAUUUAGCCAAGCCCAGCUGGACUGGUUCAAUGAAAUCCUCAAGUUCUCUGAUGAAAACCAAGAAAAAGUUAUAGUUAUGGGUCACCUGCCCAUUCAUCCUGAUGCUUCAGACAGAGUUUCCCUGGCCUGGAAUUACGAAGACGCCCUUUCAGUCAUACACUCCCAUCAGAGCGUGGUCUGCUUUCUUGCAGGGCACCAGCACGAUGGUGGCUAUUGCUUAGACUCUCAUGGAAUUCAUCAUCUGACUUUGGAGGGGGUUAUUGAAACCCCACCAGAAAGCAAUGCCUUUGGAACUGUUUAUGUCUAUGAAGAUAAAAUGGUGUUAAAGGGAAGGGGCAGGAUUUCAGAGAGAGUUAUGCGUUUCUGGAGACAGUAAGCAAAUACAACUUGCUUUUCUUCAGAAAGUACUCCAACGAAAGCAGGGGAUUCAGCUUAUUAUUUGUUUGUACAAAGAUGUGCAUGGCUGAUCCUUAUAGCUUUAACUCAAACAUUUUUCUCUCAGAUACAGAAUUUUAGAAAUUACAUUUCUAUAAGAAAACAGGCCUGGUUUCUUCAUGGAGAAGAGAGAAGGCCAGUAACCACAUUUGAAAUCAAUAUACUUGAAUGUAGAAUGUUGACUUGAAACACCCAAUCCUGACUAGGUUGUUAUUUAUUGUGAAAAAAUGCAAACCAUAUUACGAAUGUCCA